CGCGGGAAGGGGAGAGAAAGGCAAGCCGGCCGUGCACGCCUCUUCCGCCCUGGGCCCGGAAGGGUGAUGUGGCUGGGGCUUCGCCGGCCUCACUAUGUCUGCCAUUUUCAAUUUUCAGAGUCUGUUGACUGUAAUCUUGCUGCUUAUAUGUACCUGUGCUUAUAUCCGAUCCUUGGCACCCAGCCUCCUGGACAGAAAUAAAACUGGGUUGUUGGGUAUAUUUUGGAAGUGUGCCAGAAUUGGUGAACGGAAGAGUCCUUAUGUUGCAGUAUGCUGUAUCGUGAUGGCCUUCAGCAUCCUUUUCAUACAGUAGUUUGGAAGAAUGCCAGAAUUCUUCAGUUGCCAUCAGAUUUAAAUAUGAUAAAAAAAGGACUAUCUGCCGAAAACAAUGGAAAGAAUGGUUAACCCUUUUAUCUCUGAACAUUGAGUGAGCUACACUUUCAGCUGCUGUUCUCUAUUUUUGUUAUUGGACCAAUGUUCUGUAUAAAUAAUUAGGAUGCAACAUUUAAUACUCAGAAUUUAAAUAUGUCUGUAACAAUCAACCUCAGUACUGUCGCUACAAUAUUACAUUCUGCAUAUGUCAUUCUGUUGUGCCAGAUACCAGUUUUUAGUGAGGUAUCUUUAAGGCACAUAGUAGAAAACAAAAUUGGUAAAUUAUUCAAGUUCCUUUCACUGUGAUUUGGAAAUGAUAAAUCUUUAUAGAAUGAGACCUUUUUUUUUUGGACUAGCUUUUUUAUUGGGGAAAAAAAGGUUCAAUUUGUGUUGGUAAGGAUUGCAUUCAUAUUUAUAAGGAUUGCAUUCAUAUUUAAUAAUGCUGGCUUUUCCUCUGGCCGUAUCAUUUUGAGCAUUAACCAGAGUACCUCUACUCUUAGCAAUCUGUAGUUUAUUACAGGUGUUUAAACUAUUUAAAACAAGCCUAUGUAGUUCUUCAGGAGGAAGAUAAAUGAGAUGUAACUUAAGAGAAAAUGUUAAGACUAUUGAGAAAAUGUUCCUAUUUAACAUAAAAUAAUUCAGAAUAUAUGAGUGGUGUUAUCUCUGAAACCUCUGGUUAAGUAUGGUUAAAUGUCUUAAGCAAAAAUUUGACCAGCUGUCAUUCUCCAAAUAACACUACAUGCUUAGAGUAAAAAGAGCUAAUCAGAACAAUUACCGAACGAUAACCUUGGGUAUGUUUUCCAUUCUUUCUAGUGUUAGGUCUGUACAUUUUAAUUAUCCCAAAAUACAAACUGUGUUUUUGUUUUUUUAAUACAUUGCUCUCAAUCUAGUUUAUGUUUUGUAUAUCAACCUGAACUGGAAUCUUGUUUAACUUAGUGAUGAUAAACAGCUUUCAAAUCUACUUACCAUAUGCCAUGGCAUAAAUGUCUUUGAGCUUUGGUUGAUAAAGGAAAACCUUCAGUAAUUUUCAUCCAGGCAACAGGAAUUUUGGAAAUGUGACUUACAGAUUUUGUAGUAGAGCUGUUAUUUACACAUUGAUGGUUAACAUUUAAGGUUCAACCAAAAUUCAGUUAAAAUUUCAAAACUAAGGAGAGCUUCUUAGCUAAAAAUUGCCUGUUACAGUUAUAAUUAGAUACUAUUGUCAGCUAUUAAUUGCCCUAAAGGUAAGACUAAACCUUUUUUUUUUUAAGAUAAAACUGUUUGUAAUUAUUAUAAAAUGAGCCUGCCAGUAGCUCUUUCUGCACAAAGUACAGAACUAAAAGUCACUUAUUUUUAUGACUACUUUAAGGUGCUUAGUAAGAAUUCUAAGAAACAUCUAAGAAAAUCUUGUUACAUGUUGCUGGUUUUUGGUUGGGUUUUUUUUUUUUUUUAAUGCAAAAGAUGAAAGCUUCUGUAGGCUGUCAGUAUCUUUGGUUAUUGUACAUUUCUGGCUUAUCUAUAGCUGAUUUAAAAUGGUAUAUUUUGCCCUAGACAAGUAAUCAGGUUAUGAUAAUUGUUCCUACCUGCACUGUCUCUUGGGCUUUUGCAUUAGGUCAAGGAUUUUUAGGAUAUCCCUCAAAAUAGAACUCUUAUCAGCAUACAAAGAGUAAGUAACCUUCCUGGGUCUAGUUUCUGAGUGACCAUCUGUUGUCCAACUCUGCUGCCAGCUAGAUUUUCCUAAAGCUAUGUCAACUAACUUUUUUAGUUGUUUACUAACACAAAUCUAAUAUGAAGAGGGCAAGAAUAUUCUAGAUAAUCAGUUCUAGGGUAUCUCUUUAAGUUGGCGUUUCAGAGGAGGUAGGUGGAAAGUAGAGGUAGAAAUAAUUUCUUUGGACAUUUAUUUGUGGCAACAUAUAAGCAUUUUUUUUUACUGUGUGUAGGUGCUGAACAAAGUGGGAAGCAGCUUAUUUCUGACUCCAGACAUUCUGACCUUUUGAAACAUAAGAUCUUUGGGAGGUGGGAAAAAUCACAGGAUCCUGUGGGGGGAAAAGGCAGUCAGCAUAUUCUUUUUUUUUCCAAAGAGUUACCACUGCAUCCUGUUGUCUAACCUAAAGGGCAGAGUAGAUAAGUAGUCCACAGAAUAUUCAGAUACUCCCUUUGUGGUCUCAGCAGGUUGCAGAAGACGAUUAAGGAUCAAUUUAAGCAUCAGAGGCUCUGCCUCUAUCACAUCGUCUUGGUGCAAGGUAGGAUUUGAUGAUGGGCACUAAAAGUCCACAGUUUACUAGAUUUGAAUACUCUCCCUAAUCUCCUUCCCGGCUCCAGAAUCUUGAUUCCAGCUUGCCUGGAAUUUUUGUGUUGAUGUUUAGUUCCUGAUUGGCCUCAGCUGUACCAAUGGCAGGAGCAUGUCUUUUUUCCAGGCAGUCAUAAAAAAAUGUCAGUCAAAAGAACACAUAGUCUGUUGAAUUCCAUCUGUGGCUUAAAAAAGUUUAGAUACAAGUCCAGUAUCCUGUUAAUGCUUAUGCUGCUGUGUCAAGCACUGCUAUCCUGAAUGUUUUUUGCAUCAUCAAAUUCAACAUAGCCCUUUAAUUCUGGGAAAAGUAGUAGUAUGUAAUUUGUAAUAGACACCAUAAUCUUCGUAAAAUGUAGAUCGAUCUAGUCCUAACCUAGGACAAAAUAGAGGUUUGAAUGAAGUAACUUCUGUAUAAGUUCACAAAGUCAAAAAUGAACAGAUCUCUGGCUAGUUUUGUGAAAAACCUAGCACUUGUAAAUAGAAUGUUUAUUUCAGCAUUUUUAAGAGGCAUUAGUAUAAUACUUUCAGUCUAUUAUCAGUGACAAUAUAAAGACAAGUACAGUUUCUUCACUCCAGUGUUUCAUAAUGUAGUGGGUGAGAGAGAAAUGAGGUUAUUUAUAUGAAGUACAAUAUGAUAGCAUUUAUUACCGAGAUAAUACCAGGAUUCUAGAAGAAAAUAAAAAGGUGACAGUUCAAUCAGAGAUAUGAACUUCCUUCCAGAGAAGCAAUGCUUACACUGAAUUUAAGAGCAAUAUGCAGAUGUACCAGGGAUAUAUAUUAUGGACGAUCAGUACCUUGAUUACUGUGAAAGCCACUUGGGAAGUGGAGUUCAGCCGUGAACAACAUAGGUUUGAACUGUGCAGCUCCACUUACAUGUUGGAUUUUUUUCAGUAGUAAAUGCUUUAGUAAUAAACCAUCCCAAGUUGGUUGAAUCUGAGGAUAUGGAACCAUAGUUAGGAAGGGCAGACUGUAGGAUAUGCAUAGAUUUUGGACUGCAUAGAGGGUCAGCACCGCUUAUCCCCUCACUGUUCAAGGGUCAACUACAUUAAGACAUAAGUCGAGAAAGGUGGAGAAAGGUUAGAUCCUAGAGGGUCCUGUAUUUUUCUCAUUACCACCUAUUACCUACCUCAAAAUUGAAGUGGAAUGUGUUUUCUCCUGCCUGACAAAAAAAACUUCAGGAAAAAAAUAAAAUUCCUCCCUUGGUGUAUGUGUAAACAAUUCCUCCCUUGGUAUAUGUGUAUGGCAUAUAUCCAUGCCAACCUUAUUUUGGACCAAGAAUACAGUAGUAUCCUCUUCAGAGACACACGCAUAGCAUAUAAAGUCAAGGUAACUUACAAGUGAGGUCAGGUAUUCUUAGGAACUUUGUAGCUCAUACUCUAUCAAUGCCAAGAGUAGUCAGGAUUAUUAAAGCACAGGUGCACAAUUGAAGGUAGUUGUAAUUUCUACAUUUCUGGGUGCACAGAAAAGAUUUCCAAUCUUUUCAGUCUAAAUAAGGAGAUGUGCUCCUUUCAAAACGUUUGAGAAGAUACUGUAUCACAGGAAAUUGAAAACAAGAAUGAAACAUUCUUACAGACCCCCUUUUUACUUUCUCUGGUAUCUAAUGAGAGUAGAUGAACAAAAGAAGUGGGCUUCCCUGGUGGCUCAGUGAUAAAGAAUCUGCCUGCAAUGCAUUAGACACUGAGUUGGGAAGAUCCCUUAGGGAAGGAAAUGGCAACCCACUCCCACUAUUCUUGCCUGGGAAAUCCCAUGGACAGAGGAGCCUGACGGUGUACAGUCCAUGGGGUCUCAAAAGAGUCAGAAACGACUUAGCGACUAAACAACAACAAAAUUAAUACCCAAGUAAUAGCAUUUUUAAUACUGCACAGCCUUGUUAUUCUCAGUCUGCCUGAGAAUAACUACUGGCUACUAGCUUCUACUACUAUAGAAGUAGUAGAUACUACUAGCUUCCAAAAAUAGCUCAUGAUUAUGCUGUAUAUACAUUGCCUUCCAUGGUUUCCUUUACUUUGCUCUAAACCAGUUCCAAGAUGGUAACCUGACAUGCCACUCCAGUAUUGCAAAAAAGAGGGUAGGUAGAAAUAUGUUUCCUGUGGUUUUGAGAGUACAAAGAAGCAUCCUACUCUCUGCUUAGUGUCCAUGUCUGUGGCGUGUAAUAAAAAUCAAAAUGAACUC